UUUAUUCCAUCCCCUAACUUCGUCGGAAAGGAAAGCCAUCUGAAGCAACAACGUAGCAGAACUACAACCAUUAAGCAGGAAAUAAAACACAGGAAAUAAGAGCUAUAUAAAGAAGGAUGCUCUCGAAUCAGCUUGCAAGGUCCAUGGAGAUUGGGAUGCAGAUGCCGCGGAUAAUGUACGGUACUGCUUGGAAGAAGGAGAGAACAGCGGAGCUGGUGUGUCAAGCUGUAAAAGCGGGAUUCAGAGGCAUUGAUACGGCCUGUCAACCAAAGCAUUAUAGGGAAGAUUUAGUUGGACAGGCUAUUAAAAGCCUGAUCAGCGAGGGUGUGGUGAAGCGGGAAGAAUUAUAUAUUCAAACCAAAUUCACGAGCGUAGACGGGCAAGACCCAUCCCUGCCAUUACCGUACGACCCCUCAUCUCCUAUCGAGGAGCAGGUGAAACAAUCGUUUGAAACGUCGUUGAAGAAUCUCGGAGUGGAAUAUCUUGAUGCUGUUGUGUUACACUCGCCUUUAAAGAGUCGGGAGGACACACUGAAAGCUUACCUCACCCUCUCCCGGUUCUUUUCUACAAAACAAAUAAGACAUCUUGGAAUAUCCAAUUGUUACGAUCCUUUGCUUUUGCAAUGGUUGAUCGACAGCGUGGCGGAGUAUUCUUCAAAGCAUCAGGAAGAGCCGGAGGUGAAGGUUGGAAUAGUGCAGAAUCGAUGGUAUGAGGGGAAUGGGUGGGAUUGGGAUGUAUACGAUAUCUGCCGAGCGCAUGGUAUUCGAUAUCAAUCGUUCUGGACCCUAACCGGCUCACCCACAUUGCUCAAACAGCCUUUCUUGAUCAACCUCGCUGCAAAAUAUGGGUUGACCCCUGAGCAGACUGUUUAUAAGCUUUGUCAGCUAUGGGACAUAACUCCUUUAUGUGGUACCUCCUCCUUGGCACAUGCAAAAGAAGCUGUAUCGGUGGAGAAUGCGACAGGAUUAAUGUCCUCGACGGAAGAAGUGGUGGAAUUAUGGAAUGCCAUGGGGGGAAGGUACAAAGAAGGUAGCCAUUAAGGGAAGAAACCUGUAAGAGAUGAAUAACUUCUAUUUCAGACUUCUAACUUCCAAUGUUCGUUGUGUCCUUCAGUCUUUAUAAGAUUUACAAAUUAGGCAGAUUGUGAAUAUGUGUAUGCAAGCGAUAACAG